CGGACCGCCAUGAUAUAUAAAAGUACUCAGACCUCGUUGACUUCUCUUGCUUGUACAAUGUUUUUCGUCUGCUAGUGCUAGCUAGGUAAUAAAUAAGAUAUUAUCUUCGCUGUGUGUUACCUUAUCAAAAUGUCUGCAAAGAACCAGCGAGAGAACGAAAACAUUGAUGAGGAAGAGUCUACGCUGAAGGAGGAAUUAAACAAAAAGAUCAAGGAACAGAAAAUUGUGUUUGAUGAGCUCUCCAAUCUGAAGAAAAACCGGAGGGUCUAUGUUCAACAGCCCAACAGUAACAUAUUCUUCUUGGCAGACAGAGGGCAGACUCUUGCUUCAUGCAAAAAGGAACUCGACAACAUGAAGAAGGAUAUGUAGAAUCUACUCAAUCUUCGACGGAACUACAAAUAAGGCCUUACUAGCUAUAAAUAUGUGUGGUAUUUGCUGUGUACUGAGCUUGUCCCCCUCCCAGCUUGUGCUGGAGAAGCAUGUGCAUGAAAACCUAAGGAAAAGAGGGCCUAACUCCAGUUGCAACAUCACCAAAACAGCUUCAAAUCCCCACUACCAGUGUCUGUUCUCUGCUCACGUACUUCACAUGAGAGGUUGCCCUGCCCCUCAGCCAGCACAAGACCGUAACAGCAAUGUAUUGAUGUGGAAUGGAGAGGUUUUUGGAGGACUGUUAUUGAGACCAGAAGAGAAUGACACUGAUGUUCUUUCCCACCACCUCGCAGCCUGCCACAGCCCUACAGAGAUCCUGUCUGUCCUGGGCAAUGUCCGAGGACCCUGGGCUUUCACUUAUUACCA